AUGGAGUCAAUCACUGGAGGGAGCAUGGUCCCUUUAAACCAACCGACAAUGGUUUGGUUAAGAAUGCCUACAGUUGGAACAAAGAUAGGAAACCCCCUUCUAGAGUUUAACACAGAUUACAACUCUAGAUGGCAAUUUUUGUGGUCUCAUGGGUUGAAAUCAUAUUCAACCUAUGAGUUACUCACAAAAGUUUGCAACUGUUCCCAAAUUAAGAGAGGAUAUCGAAGGGGAACACCUAGUUCCACCUGUGUAGAAGUUAACAAGAGAUUGAAUAUGGAGGUUGGUAGCUACAUCGAUCAGUUUGAUAUUAGUCACGAUGCGUGCCUACCACCAUUACAACAUACAUGGACUCCACUUCAAGAAGAAAACAAGAGAGCUUUUUGUCUUGAAGACAAAAUAUUUGCGUACUUGAAUAAAAAAGAAGUACAAAAAGCUCUUCAUACUAGGCAAAACUAUUUCUUGUACAAUGGAGAUCAAGAUUUUGUCAUACCAUUCAUUGGCACACAAUCCUUAUUGGAUGAAUUAGCCAAGGAAUUCAGGUUCAACGUAUCAGAGCCCUUUAAACCAUGGUAUAAUGGAAUAAAGGUUGCAGGAUUUACACAUGUUUAUGGUGGCAGUUUAUCAUUUGCCACCAUAAGAGGAGCUGGUCAGUACGCAGCAGCUUCGCAACCAGAGCAAACACUUGUGUUAUUUAAAGCGUUUUUAGAAGAAAGGCCACUUCCAAAAAUUCAAAUGUAA